AGGAGGAAAGAUAAUCAAAAGUUUAUAUAUUUUGAACAAAAAAAGAAUUUGCUUGAGAGAGAUAAAUCAUUAGAUCGUACUACUGAAGUCUCUUCAUUCACUGGUGGUUCUUAUUAUCUCAUUGAAGUUAUAGCUUUUAUACUAACACACCUCAAGGAGAAGCUACUCACUGAUCAUCUGAAAGGGAACUACAAGUCAAGUGAUUUUGAUUGGGUCAUUACUGUUCCUGCUAUAUGGAAAGCAAGAGCAAGAAGAAUGAUGAGAGAAGCUGCUUAUAUGGCUGGUCUCACUUCUGAUGCUCCUGGUAUAACAAGGUUCACUCCAGUUGGUUCCCCUUUACCACGUCCAGAGGAGGUUAAUCCUGAGAAGCUAUCAUUAGCUCUAGAACCAGAAGUAGCUGCUAUAUAUGCACAGCAUCAGUGAGCAGUAUCAGGAACACCUCCACAGAGAUAUAUGGUAGUUGAUAUAGGAGGAGGUACAGUUGAUAUUACUGUACAUGAUAAGAGUAAUGGGGGAAUUAGUGUAGUACUACCACCAAUGGGUAACACCUGGGGAGGAAGAACCAUCAAUGAAGCAUUUUCAAUGUUACUACAAAAGGCAGUAGAUGAUAAAGGUUUUGAGUCUUUCAUAAAAUCAAAUGCUAGUAACAAAGCUGAAAUAAAUAGGCUGGUCUAUGAAGACUUUGAGGAACAGAAAAAAUUAUUUGGAAAUGUGACACCAGGCAUUGACGAAAUGGUACUUGAACUACCAAGACCUUUCAUAAGAAAUUAUGGAGGCAAUGUAAUCCGUGAUGGAAUGGAGCAGGAGAAGGUGCACUAUGAUCCUGGAGAAAGUGCAUUAGAAAUGAAAUAUGCCCAAUUAGAAGAGAAGAUAUUCAAACCUACAAUAGAUAAGAUCAUAGAGUGCGUUAGAGCAGUAUUUGGUGAGCUAACAGAUCAUAUUGAUACAGUUUAUCUAGUAGGAGGGUUUGGAGGGUGUAGGUUUGUCAGUCAAAAGAUAAAAGAAGCUAUUGCUCAGCACUGUGGUAAUAUAGUGUGUCCUAUACAAACAGAUCUUGCUGUUGUAAGAGGAGCAGUAAUGUGGAGGAAAGAUCCUAACAUAAUCCAAUCACGUGUUGCUGAUGCUACUUAUGGGAUUGGUGUUCUUAGUUUCUUUAGUUUAUCGAUGCAUGAUGAACACUACAAGUAUGUAGGUGAAGAUGGUCAGCAAUACUGCGACAAUGUCUUUAAGGUAUUUGUACUCAAAGGAGAAGUAAUAAAGGAUGAAGUUUAUAAGACCACAUUAAUACCUUCCCAUGACAGCUACACACAAGUAUGCAUUUCUAUAUACUGUACAACAGAUGAUGGAGUUCAGUAUGUUAUAGAUAAAGAAGGUAAACUAACAGUUCGUAAGAUUGGUGAACUGGUACUUGAUAUUCCUAAUCCUGAUAAUAUACUGAGAAAGGAAAGAGAUGUUAGCAUAUUCAUGGAUUUCAGUGGUACAGAGAUACAAGCAAGAGCUCAGUAUCGUAUCACUGGAGAAGAAGUGAAAACAGUUUGUGACUUUCUAUCAAAACAAGACUAUUAAUAAUAAUAAUGAAAUAAUAAUUAGAGGAUAUACGUGUAAUAUAAUAGUAACAAUUGCUGUAGUUUAGAAAAAUAUUAGUAGUGGUAUUAGUACAUUAAUGCCACAA